AUGUGGACCAGACCGUAUUCAUGGCAGCUGUUCUUGUGCUGGUGCCACUCUUCUUUCAUUUGGACUACAAUAGAGGGACAGACGCGGUACAGCAUUCCCGAGGAACUUAAACAAGGAUCUGUAGUUGGAAACCUUGCCAGAGAUUUGGGUUUGAUUGUGUCUGAUUUGGACAAACGAAAACUUAGGAUAACCUCACAAGAUGGUAAGCAAUAUUUUGGCUUGAACCCGAGGAAAGGAGAAUUGAUAGUGACGGACAGGAUUGACAGAGAAGAACUAUGUGGACAGAGACUAUCGUGUGUGCUGCCUCUGGAGCUGGUUAUUGAUGCUCCACUACAAUUAUAUAGAGUCGAGAUAGAGAUACAGGACACAAACGACAACUCCCCAAGUUUCGUCACAAAAGAGAAAGCUUUAAAAAUAGCAGAGUUAGUAAAUCCUGGCGCAAAAUUCCCUUUAGAAAGCGCACAGGACCCUGACGUCGGCUCUAACUCAGUGUAUUCUUAUCUUAUCAGUAAAAAUGAUCAUUUCAAAAUUACUGUUAAAACGCACAAGGACGGUCGUAAAAUCCCUGAACUGGUUUUAGAAAAAGCGCUCGAUAGAGAAAAGCAACCAACUCAUAACCUUAUUCUCACUGCUGUAGAUGGCGGAGACCCAGUGCGCUCGGGUACUGCUCAGAUUACUGUUAUUGUGCUUGAUAUUAACGACAACGCGCCUCAGUUUGAAAGGAAUGUCUAUGAGGCAAACGUCAGCGAGAAAGCAACGCCGGGAAAGGAAAUUGUAAGCGUUAAAGCCACAGACAUAGACGAGGGUUUAAACGGAGAGAUUGAGUACUUUUUCGCAGAUCAAACAGCGAAAACGACCCUGACUUUAUUUGAUAUUAAUUCCAACACAGGUGCUAUUGUAGUAAAAGGGAUAUUGGACCACGAAUCACAGGCGAUACACAGAUUUGAUGUAACUGCGAAAGACAAAGGUAAUCCUGAGAUGGAUGGCCACUGUAGUGUUGAGAUUAAAAUAGUAGAUGUUAACGACAAUGCCCCUGAGAUCGUAGUGAAGUCACUGACCUCGCCUGUCCCAGAAGAUUCACCAGUGGGGACAGUUAUUGCGUUGAUAAGUGCGCGGGAUCUAGACUCAGGUGACAACGGAAAAGUAACGCUGACACUGUCUUCUGGGUCUCCCUUUAAACUAAAUCCAUCGCUCUCUAACCAUUACUCGUUAGUGACAAGCGCCACUCUAGAUCGAGAAAAAAGUGGACUUUACAGGGUCAAGCUGAGAGCGGCUGAUAGUGGAAGACCAGCUUUAUCAACGGAGAAAAUAUUAGAAGUGGUUUUAUCCGAUGUAAAUGAUAAUCCACCUGUCUUCUCCCAGCAAAUAUAUGUUGUUUAUGUCCAGGAGAACAGUCCUCCGGGGAGAAUACUGUACUCAGUGUCAGCCUUAGAUGCAGAUGUAGGAGAAAACGCCAAAGUGUCUUACUCUAUUCUGGAGUCUAAAGUGCAGGACGUGUCAGUGUCGUCUUAUGUCUACAUUAACUCAGAGAACGGCAGCAUCUACAGCAUGCACUCGUUUGACUAUGAGAAGCUCAAGGUGUUUCAGAUCGUGGUCCAGGCCAAGGACCAGGGCUCUCCGAGUCUCAGCAGCAACACCACGGUCCAUGUUUUUAUCCUGGACCAGAACGACAACGCCCCCGCUGUUAUUUACCCCUCCUCCGCUGGCCUGGGCUCCCUCUCUCUCCAGAGGAUGCCCCGCUCCGCUAAAGCGGGUCACCUGGUUACCAAGGUGACGGCCGUGGACGCGGACUCGGGCCAUAACGCGUGGAUCUCGUACAAAGUGGCGGAGGCCACGGACGCGUCUCUGUUCGGUGUGAACCAGUACACAGGGGAGGUGAGGACUAAACGCGGUGUGGCCGAGCAGGACGACUCCUCUCAGAGGCUGCUCAUAGAGAUCAGGGACGACGGUGAACCGGUGCAGUCCGCCACCGUCACGGUGUCCAUCCUGAUGGAGGACGGUCUGCACGAGCCCAUCCUGGACAUCAGGCACAAAGCAGCGGAGUCCGGAGGGAAAACUGGCCGCCUCGCGCUCUAUCUGAUCCUGUCUCUGGCCUCGGUGUCCGUGCUGUCUCUGGUGACUUUUCUCAUCUUAGCGGUGAAAUGUGUGAGGAACAGCAGGGGCAGCGCGAGCUGCUGCGUCAGACGCAGCGACUGUGACGAUUACAAGAACCCCAACAGAAACCUGCAGAUCCAGCUCAACACUGACGGACCCAUAAAGUAUGUGGAGGUCCUGGGAGGAGACAUGAUGUCUCAGAGUCAGUCGUUCAGGUCGUGUAUGUCUCCAAUGUCAGAGUACAGUGACUUCACUUUGAUUAAGCCCAGCAGCACCUCAGACUUUAAGGAGGUCAUCAGUGUCCUGGAUGCGUCUCUCCCAGACAGCACGUGGACAUUUGAGAGCCAACAGGUGAGCACAUGA